AUGACACAACUCGACCCGCUCUCGCAGGCGCUCAUGGCCACCUCGCUCCACUCGGAUCCUCCUUCCGACAUGGCCGCAUCCAAUCCGGCUCGUCCGGUCACCUUUGCCUCGGCGCUUCGAUCCGGUCAGGCUUCGUCACCAGCGAUUCUCUCGCGUCAGGCAACGCCGCCACAAACAGUCGCAGCACCCCCCGCAUCAGCGCUGGCAUCAACGUCCACCUCUCCGCUUGCGUUUCCGCUUGCGUCUUCGCCACUCGAUGACACCAUCCUCCAGGCCAUGCGCAAGCGUGACGAUCGCAUCUUCUUCAGCCAGUACGAGAAUCAGAUGUCCGUCUUUGUCCGCGAUCCCUCCCGCUCCAACCUCGAGCUCGCGCCGAUGAAUGCCUACCAGCGAUUGCUCGUCCACAGAUGCGCCGAUCAGUUCCACCUCGAUCACCAUCUCGACCGUGCCACACAGUGCAUCACCCUCUCCAGAACCUCGCUCACCACGCAUCCACCGGUCCUUCUCUCGCUCCGAGCACGCCAACACGUCGCUCAGCGUGACGGCAUCGAUCCUGUCGACGCCGCAGCCCAAUCCACUCCUCCCACCAUGCUUGCUGCUGCCGCUGCACCUUCCAGUGGUCCCAGCACCGGCGCCGCGACGCCUGCCGCGCAGGAUUCGGCAACCUCAUCGCCUCGCGUCGUCCCAACCGCCACCGGCACUCCCCCCUCGGCGCACCCCUCAGCACCCAAAGCCGCUUUCAAGAUCAUGCGUCGCGAUCCCUCCAGCAGUCGCCAUUCUCGUCUGCGCGACGACGCAUCCGCCAGCAACAGCGACUCGGAACGCACCAACACCGCAAAGGCGCGCAAGGACAUGACGCUCGAAGAACGCGAGGCCUCCUACAAGGCCGCACGCGCUCGCAUCUUUGGCGACCUUGCCUCUGCUGACUCGACCUCUCCCACCUCGUCCUCAUCCCAACUCGGUCAAUUCAAGGAGAACGACCUCGCCAAGGAUGCCGGCACCACCAGCGAGUCAAAGCAAUCGCCGGCAAGCUCGGCUGCCUCGAGCCCCGUCGCAUCCAUCGCAGGCGCACGAUCCGGCAGUCGCAAAAAGGUGCCCUCCUCCAGCUCGUCAACCGCAAGCCAAGACGGCUCGUCCCAGCGUACGCGCACCUCCCGAAGAGCUGGCUCCAACCGUGCCACCGACGGCUACACCGACGAUCUUGACUUCUGCCGCACGCUCCCACUGCCCACUGUCUCGCCCUCGCUCGUCGCUGCAGGUCCGUCACAGCCCAGCCCUCUGGCGCUGCCUACCCACGCCGGCCAUGGCUAUUUCGGCUCGCCACAGCCACUCCAUCCGCAGCAGUCCCAGUCGAAUCCCAACCUGCGCUCAAGGGCUCCCGCUUUCUAUCCGAAUGGUGCCAUCACUCCCACAUACACGCCUACUGGCAUGAUGGCUGCGCCGGACGCAACAGCGCCACACGGGCUCGCGGCCAACUAUGUACACGACUAUGCGCGUCACUACGCGAACCACCCUCCCGCGCACGCGCAGCGAUCAUGGCAGCCACCAAGAGACGCAUCCGAGACUGAAGCGUUCCCCGCGCUGUCCGGUGGCGCAGCUGGUCCGAACGGAUACAACACAGCCAGGCCGGUCAACGGUGUGGGUGCUUGGGCGCAGCACGCCUCGGCGCACACCAACGGCCGCACCAUGCAGGCGUCCUAUGCGCAACCACCGGCCUUGCAGUACGCACCGGGGAUGAAUGCAUGCGCGCAAGGCUACGGACAUGCGGGUUCAGGCACGCACAGUGCCAACAGCAGCCGGACGAGCUCGCAGCGCGGAGGCGGCCGCGCAGCCCGCGACGACGCGGUGAGUGUGGGAUCCAUGUCGUCCGCCGCCUCGUCGCGCAGUGCGAGCUUCAGCGGCGCCAGCGCGAGCGCAAGCACCGCACACCCGCCAGCCAAGGACGCGAAUCCCGCCAACGCCGCACCCAAGGCACAUCCGUCACUUCCAUCCAGGCCAGCAUGGAUCGCAUCGGCCAAGACGCCCGAUUCCACACACCGAACCACAUAG